GCGACAUUUUACAUUGUAUUGACUUGCCGUGUCGUCCCGUCUGUAAAUAUUGUUUUCGCCGUGUUGUGGGACCCAGUGAAUGGUUUUUGUGUAUGGUGUGUGUGUAUUAGAGUGCUAGUUGCGUUGUGAAAUGUCCAGAAUACCGGCGGGCUGACGGAAAAUGCGAAACAACGGCAUUUUCCACAUCCGCCAUACCACCAGGUGCCAGUGGUAAAUGGUAGUCAUGUCGGCUAAGGACCGACGUUACUGUGCCCGUAAUGUAUGAAAAAUGGAUGCGGAAGUGAAACAGAGGAACAGACGCAGAAAACGCGCCAAGCGUAUGCAGGCUCAGAGGGAAAUAAAUCGCGAGAAGGACAGCGGCGAUGAAGACAUCAUCCCGGAGAAGCCCCCCAGGCCUCCCAAUCGGCGGAAAAAGUCCAAGGAGCCACUCUGCGAGGAGGACAUCAUCGACGGUUUCUCCAUACUCCAGUUCAAGACCUACGAGGAUUUAGAGCUGGUCCUGAAAAUCUCGACGAAGGAAAACAUCAAGCGUUUGACCGAAAUCGAAAGGCCGAAACUCGAACCGAAGGCACACAUUACACACCAUAUUACCGUACACAACAAUCAUGGGUUGACGUUAAGCCAUGAUCCGGCCACGAGCGAUGAUAGUGGCCGCGCGUCGGAACGUCUGACCGGAUCUUCUGUUGCUCCGCGCGACGCCGACAGUUCCAGGGACCGUCUAAGCGAUGCCAGCAGUAGAUGUAGCUCAGGCAAAGGAUAUAUCUGUGAUAGCGAGGGCGAGGAUGAUAAGGGUUCGGACGCCAGCUCGGUGAUAUUUGGCUCGGCGCCGGCGUCGAGAAAGCACGAGUUCCCUGGCGCGCUGCCGCCCAGCCUGCCAUCGCUGAACAGCGGCGCUAGCAGCUCGCCCGUGCCCGCACCGACGCCCCCCAAUGUGCCGGUGCCGUCGCCGGCGCCCGCUCAGCAGCCACCGCACCAUCCGCCUCAGGCGAUACCGUCGGCUGCGGUGAGCACGGCACCGUUGCCCCUGUUGCAGACGGCGACGCACGCGCCGACCACUCAAGGACUGCUCAAACCAAUACCAGUGUCGUCCCCGCCACCCGCCACUCUGGCGAUCAGCGGCGCUCUGCAACCGCCGCCACAAGCCGCGAUGCCCAGCGUGCCAACGGCGGCCGCAUCGAUACCGCAACCGGCGGCGGCGGCACCCGCCUCCCAUCAUCCACCGGCCUUGGAUCCUACAACGUUGCCUGGAGGACACGCGAUGCGCACGGACAGUCCGGCCGUGGCCACAUCGGCAAACGUCGCCGCCGCUCCGUCAUCCGGCCACUAUCAUCAUCUGUACGCCCCGUAUGCCGCCUCGACCCCGUACACCGCUCCCGCGCCCCACACGCCCUACACUUCGAUACCGACGACAGCCACAGCUGCUGCACCCGUGGUUAGCACGGUACCGCCGCCACAGGCUAUGCCUGCCCCCACGCAGGCGGCGGCCAGUCCCGUGAUGGUACAACCGCACAGGACGGCGCCGCCCAUCAACAUGGCGGAUAGAGAGCCGCCCAAGAUGAGGGUGCCAUCACCCAGUCCUUCGACAAGAGAUAGGGAACCACGGGAGAGGGAUAGGGAACGGGAACGUGAGAGUUAUAGCAGCAGCGUGAGCAGCCUAAGCCGGAGCGUAACCUCCUCAUCGGCGGCGGCGCCUGUACCUAGCAGUUUUCCGCCACCGGUCACCACCACAGUGUCUUCUAGUCUGGCGUCGGCGGCGAGCGCGGCCGCGCCACCUGCACCGCCGCCCGCUAUCUCGAAACCGUGGGUGACGGUGUCAUCGUCGGCGGCGCCGCCUGCACCGCCCCAACUGAGUCCCGCGCCUCCACGGCCUACACCACCGCUGCUGUCGUCUUACCCGCCUCCGACGGCGACGGCCCCGAUAUUCGCGGCUCCGUCGCUGCCACCGCCGCCUGUCUCGACAGCCAGCCCACUGGCCACGCCGCCCAUUCAACCCAAUCCAAAUCCGUUCUCGGCGGAAAGCCUCUUCCAAACCAAUCAAACGGAUAUGCUGCGCAGAGAGUUGGACAAUCGGUUUCUGGCGUCACAGGACCGGACGCUGCCCCCGUACCUGAGAACAGAGAUGCACCAACACCAACAUCACCAUACACACGUGCACCAGCACACCACGUCCCUGUUGCCGCCGCAAGCCGCCUCAACGCUCUUCCCAUCUCCAUUGAAAAUGUCACCUAUGGACCACCUAGCAAGAAGAAGUCAGAGCAGUUUCAAAGAUAUUCCCAAAAUUGGAAGUGUAGAAUCAUCACCUUUCUAUCGGCAGAAUCUGGGAAUGUCUUCUUACCCAGGUUACACCCCAAGUUUGAUGCAUCCCGGUUUAACAGCGGGUCCAACACCGUUUGUACCUCCCAAUCAUUUGACUUCCUUCCAACAUAAGUCCACGGUGCCCACAGAUCCGACCAAGCCAAAAAUAGUGAAAACUGGCAAAUGGAAUGCAAUGCAUGUGCGCGUCGCCUGGGAGAUCUACCAUCAUCAACAGAAAAGUGGUGAGGCCAAGGGCCAGAUAACGCCUGCAAAGCCAUCAACUGAUCUGCUAAGGCCGCCCACCCAUCCCUAUUCUCCUUCAGUGCAUGGCGCCGCCACACGAGCGCCUCAUGAAAUGGCACCUUUCCCGCCUACGUUAUCGUCGCAUCGGCCACCGCCAGUAUUUGAUCCGCCUCAUCAUCCCGGUUCGUUGUUCUCGGCCACGUCGGCCAGCCAUUUAGGAAAGUCACCAUUUGCUACGGGAGCUUCAACCCUUUCGCCGUUUACAAGGUACGGCGGUGGACCCUUGGGUGCCGGCGCAGGAGCUUCUCCUUUCUCGAUGUCGCCGUUCGGGCCGGGAGCGCGAGACUCCCAUCUCGCCCCGUCGUUAUUGCCGCACGAUCCGUGGCGUUCGUUGCAACGCACCAUGCCCGGCUUCCCGCCAACCGUCAGCGCUCUGCCCCCUACAUUGCCUGGAUUGCCGCCUCCUGGUCCACCGCCACCCUGGUCUAUUAAACCGGAUCCGGUGUUGGAACAACGCGAACGCGAAGCCAGGGAACGAGAGGAGAGAGAGCGCGAGAGGCUGAGAAGAGAACGUGAAGAGCGCGAGAGGCGGGAACGAGAAGAGAAGCAGCGACGUCUCGAACAACAACAGCAGGAAAGAGAACGUAGAGAAAAGGAAAGACGGGAAAUGGAACGACGAGAGAUUGAGCGAGACCGAGAGAGAGAAAGAAUGCACCAGCAACGAAUAGCUGAGGCAGCGGCCAAGCAAUUACCUCCAUCAGUGAUACGCGACAGGUCGCCGCUGCGGAACGGGCAGCCCGAUCCGUCGGAGAUACGCGUGAAGGAGGAACCUCGCAUCAAGGAGGAAGACCAUCUUAUGUCCAGAUAUCAUCCCUACCUGCGGCAUCCGCCAAACCUGCAACCACCGCCCAGUGUACUGGACCGAUCGCGGAUGAUGAGCCAUCCAUCGAUGGCUCCACAUUACCCACCGCCUCCAAGCGCGUCCUCUCAUUGGCCGCCUCCGCCACCGACUUCCGCGGCCGACGCAUUCGCCUAUCACCGUUACGGCGGCUACGGUACAGCUCUAAUGGACGCGAUGCGCGACGAUAGGGCGGCAGCUGCGGCCGCGGCGGCCAACUAUUUCGGCGCGUACGGCAUGCCGCCCCACCACGGACAACUGAGGGUGAAAGAUCCAGGACUGAUGCACCUCAGACCUGGACCGGGUCCGCCGCAACCGUCGUCGGUGCCCGCGUCGCAUAAGAUGAGCGUGACGCCGACGCCGGCGGACCUGCACAAAAAGGAAGAGCCCCGAUAGCACGUUACGUCUUCUGGUGGUGGCGGCAAUGCUGCGGACAGUGAGGCUGCGGUCUAGUUAUUAUUUCUUGUUUUUUCGUUUGUUUUUUAUGUUUGUUUAUUUAUGGCCGUCGCCGCGUGGUUGUAUGCAAGUGUGCGAGAGUGCUACACAUGCGAUAUUGGUCUCGGAUUAAUGUGCAAAGGUUUUUAGUGAAUGUAUAGGUUCUCUAGUUGCCCGAAAUGUUGUAAUAAUUGUUCCGUUGUUGUUUUAAAACAAGUUAUUCAGUAUUAAUUAGCGCAUCCCGCUCGUCUAGUGAGAAAAUUUUGUCUUUUGUGGUUUGUUUUAACAUUAAAUUAUAGACGUACUAUAUUAGAUGAUAUUAGAUUAAUUAUCCGACUGAAAGAGGUUUGACACUGCUAAUAUACGCCAUUUAAGUGGGAAAUCAUGUAUGAAACUGAUUAAACUGGCAUGUUUUUGUUUUCAUCUGUGAUAAACUGGAAACUCAAUGUUUGUCCUUAUAUGGAUACAUCAAGAUUACAAGUUUUAGUAAUUCAGUAAUGUUAAAAAAUGUCAUUUAAAUUAUCAUUCUAGUAUUAAAAAUAGUAUUAAUAUAACUAUAUUAAGUAUCAGUCAAGAUCAAAAAAUGUCCUAAUUAAAUUUAAAUAUCAAAAUAUAGGGUUGUAUAUUUGGAAGGAGUUUUCUGUGAGAAAGUAUUAACAUUCCUAUCAACCGAAAAAAUAUCCGUAAUCAAACAAAAAGUGAUAUAAAUUUACUUAAGUAUUUUUAUUUGACGUCUCAGGACAAUUAUCACUCAUUUCGGGUUGUAAAGUUUAAUAUUUAUAAUACGAAAAUUAACAGUUAAUUUGACCAUACAUUUACUUUUGUUUUAUUGAUGAUCUCAUAUAGCAUAAUCAAAAGGGUCUCUUUACAGGGAGUUUCCCAGAAGAUAUUUUUGCAGUGGUUUUGUAUAUGUAUGUAUGUAUUUAUGCAUAUAUCGAGCCGUCAGAUUCCCUAGAACUUAUUGUAUCGUCUCCGUAUCAGUCUGUAACUGUUUUUUUCAUCAACACUUUUUAAUGCAAUAAUAAAUAAAUGCAAAUUAGAACUAUUUGUUUGAAAGUAACUUAUAAAAUUGUUAUUCUUGUGUCGUGGAAAAUCAGAUAUAGAACUGUAUGGAGUUAUUUAUUGAUUGUAACUGCCUGAACAAUUUGACUUUAUACAUUAUGUUAAUAGAUUUUGUUUAUAAUCUUCAGUUGUCUACCUAUACAAAUUUAUAAAAAAUCUUUUAGUGUAGUGUGCAUUCGAUAAAACUUCUCGUUGAUAUGUCAUCUUGUUCACGUGGAGAAUUAAAUAAAACUGCCUAAAGAGAAUGUAAAUACAAGAAGCUUAUGGACGUGAGAAACCGAAAUGUCUAAAUAAAUGUAAACACAUUAAUUUCUUACAUUUUAAAGACCUUGUGUGCACUUGCAGCACUGCACUUUUCCUCGGGAAAUGUAAAUUCGCAGUCAAUUUGCCUCGAGUGGUUGUAUAAUUUGUGAUAAAAAUAUGUAUUUUUCCGUUAUUCCCAGUGGAUGAUAUACAAUAACGUUUCCUGAUGUGAAAAGUUGUAGUGCAGUUUGUUAUCUAUUUUUUUUUCCUAUUUAUUUAUGUACAUAAUUUUUGUUUAGGUAAUUUAUUUAAGACUGAUGAAUUGUCAUCUUUUAUACAUAGCUCAUUUUAUUUAUAUCUUUGUAUGUGUAAUUUUUCUCUAAUAUUAUUCUGACAGACGUAUUGAGAAUAGGAACGUGUCUCAGGGUGAAUUUAUAUUUAUAGACAUUUUGAAUUGGUGCUUGCCUUGAAAAUUAAUGCUUGAUAAAAAAUUAACGGGUCAUUCGAAAUAGUUUUCACAUAUCAGCACAGUCAUUUAAAACUCAAAAAUUUUUAACAUGAACAUAUAACAUAUAUUUUAUUAAUACAAUUAUUAUAUAAUUAUUAAUUACACUUCACAUAAUGAGAAGAUUAUUUUCAAUUUUUUUGUCUUUCUUGUACUUCAAACAACUGUGCUAAUUUAAAAUAAACACAGACUUCAGUAAAAAAUGAAUAGCAUGUUCAGUGCUAAGAAAAAUACUCACUUAGUGCCAAAAUUGUGGUUUAUUAUGAGUCUCAUAGAGAUAAAAUUCAAAUUGUAUAUAGUGUAUGUACUAUGUGGACCAAUUUUUUGUUUCGUUUAUUCUCAUUCACUCUGAGAUGCGGUCCCGGUGUUCCUAAUUCGAGUUUUACCAAGAAUCAAUAAGACUCGACACUUCAUUAACAGUGAUUCGUGAUAGGUUAUUAUUUUGUAAAUUUCGUUGUAGUAUAAUGUUAAUGAUUCUUGUUGAAACUGAAAUGGGAUAAUGAUAUUGGAAAUAACUUUUUUUGUCCCUACUUUGUGACAAGGUAGCUUGUAAAAUAUAAACAUAAUCGCGUGUAGAUACCCGCCUUCUUAAAAAUACAAUUUUGAUGAUAUGUAGAUAAAUCACUGUGCUCUAUUUAAUGUUUGUUAGGAAACAAUUUUUUAUGUGUACGAUUCUGAAAGAAUCAAGUGAUGUAAUAUAUAAUAAAUAAACAAUAUUGUUUCUAUAAUACUAGAAACAUUAGUCAUAA